UUUUGCGCCGUCGGGCCGAGCGUCGCUCUUUUGCUCUCCAUUUUGGCUCGUUAUUUCGCUUCGCACCGUGUUUGCGUUCACAACUCUUGUUCGGGUUCUGCAUUUUAUUUUAUUAUUAUUAUUUUUUUUUGUUUGUUGCUAUUCGGUAAUUCUUCACAUCACAGUCAACCAAUGGGACCAAAUCACUGCGACUCGAACUGGACACAAUCAGCAUCGGAUCGCAGGGAGCAACAGGAGGUGGUGGAGCAGCAACGCCAGAAGGCGUCGGGGGAGCGGCCAUCAUAGGAGCAGCAACGUCGGCUGCAGCUGCCCAGGGCCCCUCGAAAAUGUCUAGCCGGAAGCUGCCAGGAGGCUCUGGAGGAGCUGACGAAGCCACAGCAGCAGCUGCCCCCCUGGACGAUAAUGCAAAUGCCAGUGUGGUGAUUCCGGCCAGCAGCGAGGAGCCAGCAAUGGGCGUUGGCGAAGAGAUGCCCAUCAUAAGCAAAACACGCACCUCAACGUCGUCAGUGGAGCCGGCUGAGGAGCCAACAGUUGCAGUAGAGCUGGAUGGCGAAAACGAGCUGGAAUCGACUCCAGUCUCCAAAACGCCAAGGUCCACACCUACGCCAACCCUUACGCCAGCUGUCACGCCCACCGCCAGCGAUGGACUGGCGGCCAAGAGCGUGAGGGUUACCCGGCACUCGUCGCCACUGCUCCUGAUCAGCUCGCCCACGACAAGUAGACGUGAGGUCGGCGACGGAGCGUUAGACACCGAGGAGCCAACGGGAUCGGGUGGCCAAAGAAAGAGCUCCGUGGAGCGGUCUUUGGGGCCCGUUAUACGCGGACGGAAGUCCAUCAAGGAUCUGAAAGAAGCCAAAGAAGUUAAAUCCGAGGAGGCGCCUGCCGCAGCAUCAGAUUCAAGAGCUGCACGUGGAGCGACGCCUGGCCAGGUCAAGGAACAGCAUGUCGGGGAUGGCAACGAACUGGAAUCCUUGCCAAUCACAGACAAGAAAGACCACAAAGACACAAAAGACAAGGAGGAUGAGCGGGAAACCGAUCAGGAUGCAGAGAAGGAAAAAUCAGCUCAGACAGAAAUAAUUGCAGAUACUGAAAAAUCUGUAGAAAAAGAAAAGUUUACAGAGAAGGACAAAGCUGCCGAUAAAGAUGGUGGGAAAGAAAAAGAAAGUGAUGCAAAUAAGGAUAUAGAUAAGGAGAAGGAAAAGGAAAAGGAAAAGGCCAAGGAAGCACUUCCGCCAGUGGUGCCAAUAGCACCAGUGACACCCACUUGCAAUCGUGUCACACGCAAAUCGCAUGCCCAGGAGCAGGCGAUUAACACGAGGGUCACGCGCAAUCGUCGCCAGUCUUCUACAGUUGGAGCCAAUUCCUCCUCCGCUGCGCUCUUGGUAGCUGCUACCUCCUCAGUAACAGAGCAACCACCUCCCUCUCGCGGUCGACGGAAGAAGCCAGUGGUGGUGGCUCCACCCUUGGAGCCUGCGGUAAAACGAAAGCGAUCCCAAGAUGCUGAAGCCGACCCAGACGUCAACAACAGCGCGAAGUACAGCAAGGUUGAAGUGCUAAAGUCUGAGGAAGCUGAGGCACCAGAGGAGGACUCCACUGCCGUGGCGAUUAAACAGGAACCAGUUGAUGGCAGUGAAGUCAGUUCUAUUUCUCCUUCAGUCACGCCCACACCCACACCUACGCCAACGCCAGCUCCGAUAUCGGGCAGUCGUCGGGGUCGUGGUCGCCCGCAGAACAGGAACUCAUCCUCGCCUGCAGCCACAACGCGGGCCACUCGACUGAGCAAGGCGGGAUCACCGGGUAUCUUGACACCAGUUGCCCAGGAACCGGCGCCACCGAAACGGCGUCGAGUCGGCUCCAGCACACGGAAGACUGCCUCGGCCAGCUCGCUGGCACCCAGCUCGCAGGGCGGCGCCGGGGAUGAGGACUCCAAGGACAGUAUGGCCUCGUCCAUGGACGACCUGCUGAUGGCCGCUGCAGAUAUCAAGCAGGAAAAGCUGACGCCCGACUUCGACGAUAGUUUGCUGCCAGAAAGCCUGCCCUCUACUUCUGGUGCGUCGAGUGCCAAUGGCCAUUCCUGCACCGAGCCGCUUACUGUGGACACGGAAAUCAACGUUAAGCCCGCUGAUUCCAAAGUAAAGUCAAAGGAGUCACCGGCGGCAACAGUCGAGGAAUCUCCAUCACUAUCCAAAACGCCAUCUGCAAAGGUGUCCGCAGAAACUGGGAAGGCUCCAUCUCUUAGUCCAGAGAUGAUAAGCGAAGGCGUGAGUGCGGUCAGUGUUCGCAACUUUUACAAGAAGCCUGAGUUCCUGGAAAACAAUCUGGGCAUUGAAAAGGAUCCGGAGCUGGGUGAAAUCGUUCAGACGGUUAGUAGCAAUGACACGGAAACAGAUGUGGAGAUGGCUGUAGACGGCGAAUUAAAUCAAGCGGUCUCUCCCAAGUCGCGAGAUAAAAAGGAAGAGGAGCAGGAUAAUAAUCAGAAAUCAGGACCAAAAGCGGGAAAGAAGGCUCCUGCUCAAUUAGGACCUAAAGCUGAAGACAUUUCUGAAAUUCUUACCGAAGUUCCUGUUGAAAAUUCCACUGAGACUGCAGCCGAAGUUAUAGAAGAAGCAGAGGAAGACACUUGUUCAAAUAGCUCAAUCAAACCAGGUGAGCUUCGACUGGACGAGAGCAACGAUGGACCUGAACUGCUUCUGGAAGAUGCCCUCAUAGUCAAUGGUGAUGAGACACCAGAUCAAUCGGAGGAAAAGGAGGACCAGGUGGGGUUCUUCCAUUCAGGAGAAUACGACGACUUUGAGCACGAGAUUAUGGUGGAGCUGGCGAAGGAGGGUGUGCUAGAUGCCAGCGGCAAUGCAUUGAGUCAGCAAAAGGUAGAAAUUGAGCAUCCCGAGGAUGUUACUCUACUCGAAUCCAAAAACGACAUGGAGGAAGCCCUUGAUAACGCCGAGGAAUCGGUUGAGCGUAAGCCUAUUAAGGACCCGUCCGCCGAGGACGAAAUGGCGGCCAUGGAGGUGGAGGAGUCCUAUAUUGACAUUAAGCAGCAGACGAAUCAACUGUUAGUUGAACACUUGGCAGAAGAGACCACGGAAGCGGACUGUGGUCCCGAGGAUAACAAGGAGAACUUGUCCACGUCUGCUUCCAGCACCGCUGCCGAUGGUCUGGAUAUUCAGUUGGCCAUCAAGGAGGAUGAUGACGAGGAGAAACCGCUUGCAGUUAUCGCUGAUGAACAGAAGCCUGAGCUGCUAUUGACCAAGGUCAUGGGAGUGGAUGAGAAACCAAACGGCAAGCAGGAAUCGAUCUGCGAUGAGCAUGUUCAGCUAGUGGUGGGGCAGGAGGAUCAGGAAAAUCAUAUGCAAAACCUUCGUCAAGAACAGGAGAUUCACUUGCAAAACCUUGGCCUACUCACGCACCAGGCCGCUGAACAGAGGCGCAAGUGUUUGCUUGAGGCACAGGCCCGCCAGGCGCAAUUGCAGCUCCAGCAACAUCACCAUCACCAGCACAAGCGACAAGGAGCGCGCGGAGGAGGUAGUGCCACUCAUGUGGAAUCCAGCGGUACUCUUAAGACAGUCAUCAAGCUGAACAGGAGCAGCAAUGGAGGAGUGGGCGGUAGUGGCGGCCUGCCAACUGGUACAGUUAUCCAUGGGGGCAGCGGCUCCUCCUCCGCUUCCUCCACGUCCUCCUCAUCGGUGGGCAGUGCAACACGUAAAUCAAGCGGUACUUUGGGCUCAGGAGCGGGAGCAGGUGCUGGCGUUCGCCGGCAGUCUCUUAAGAUGACAUUCCAGAAGGGUCGGGCUCGUGGUCACGGUGCUGCGGAUCGAUCCGCCGAUCAGUAUGGCGUCCACGCCGAGGACUCCUACUAUACCAUUCAGAACGAGAACGAAGAUUCGUCGCACUCGGAAAGUCAGGGACAGGCGGACCACGGCUUCUACCAGAUGGUCAAAAAGGACGAAAAGGAGAAGAUCCUUAUUCCGGAAAAGGCCUCCUCGUUUAAGUUUCAUCCAGGGAGGCUGUGCGAGGACCAGUGCUACUACUGCAGCGGAAAGUUUGGACUCUAUGACACACCCUGCCAUGUUGGACAAAUAAAGUCCGUGGAGCGCCAGCAGAAGAUCUUAGCCAACGAGGAGAAGCUGACUGUGGAUAACUGCUUGUGCGACGCAUGUUUUCGACACGUGGAUCGUCGGGCAAAUGCGCCAUCCUACAAGAAACGUCUUUCCGCUCCAGGACACUUGGAAAUGGGGGCUGCGGCGGCAUCUGCUCUAGAGAAGCACUUUGCUGGCGACAGCGGCGUCAUUCCGGAAGUGGGUGGCGAAGCUGGUUCCACGGCAGCCGUGGCCGUGCAGCAACGUUCCUGUGCCGUUAAGGACUGCGUCGAGGCGGCAGGACACUCGCUGCGACGCAAGUGCAUCCGCAAGAGCGUGAAGAAGUUUCAGCUCAGCCUGGAGAUUCCCGCGGGCUCGUCGAUCGUGUGGCUGUGUGAGGCGCAUUACAACACGGUCAUCCAAUUUUCUGGCUGCGUUCUAUGCAAGCGUAGAUUGGGCAAGAACCAUAUGUACAAUAUAACAACGCAGGACACAGAUCGACUGGAAAAGGCGCUGUCCGAGAUGGGCAUCCCAGUUCAGCUUGGCAUGGGUACUGCAGUCUGCAAGCUGUGUCGCUAUUUUGCCAACCUCUUGAUGAAGCCACCGGACAGCACCAAGUCCCAAAAGGCGGAAUUCGUGAAGAACUACAGAAAGAGGCUCCUCAAGGUGCAUAAUCUGCAGGAUGGCAGUCAUGAAGUGUCCGAAGCGGAUGAAGAAGAGGCACCUAACGCAACGGAGGCGGAGAGGGCAACCGCAGACGGACACGAAGAUGCCGAGAUGCCCAUGGUAGCGGACUAUGAUGGACCUACCGAUUCCAAUUCAAGUAGUUCUUCGACAGCAGCCCUGGACAGCAGCAAACAAAUGUCUAAGCUGCAGGCCAUCCUGCAGCAAAACGUGGGAGUGGAUGCGACAGGAGCAGCGGGAACAGGAGCUGUUGCAGCAAGUCCCGUAGGAAGCGGAUCUGGAGCAGAUAUCUCAAACGUGUUGCGCGGGAAUCCGAACAUUUCCAUGCGAGAACUUUUCCACGGCGAAGAGGAGCUGGGUGUGCAGUUCAAGGUUCCGUUCGGAUGCAGCAGCAGCCAGCGCACGCCGGAGGGUUGGACACGGGUGCAGACUUUUCUACAGUACGAUGAGCCGACGCGCCGCCUCUGGGAGGAGUUGCAAAAGCCGUACGGCAACCAAAGCUCCUUUCUGCGCCACUUGAUACUACUGGAGAAGUACUACCGAAACGGAGAUCUCGUCCUGGCACCGCACGCCUCCUCCAAUGCCACGGUUUACACCGAGACCGUCCGCCAGCGGCUAAAUUCUUUUGAUCACGGUCAUUGCGGUGGAUUGAGCAGCACAGGCAGCCCUUCUUUUUCGGGAUCCGGCAAGCGCGGUGGCGUUCCUCAACCUACGGGUGCCAGUGUGCUGGCCACCGCUCUUACAACACCAUUGACAAGCCAUUCAUCCUCCUCUGCAUCCAUUUCAUCCGAUCAGCAUGCGUCGGUUGAUCCUGUCAUUCCGCUGGUAGAGCUCAAUGAUGACGAUGAAGGCGAAGAUGGGGCAGGCGGAGCAGGCGAAAGGGAGUCGACAAACAGGCAGGAGGAAACAAUCUUGGAAAGCCUCAGCACAGCCUCGGUGGACAAGCUGACCAAGCAGCUCAGCUCGAAUGCGGUGACGAUUAUCGCCCGGCCCAAAGACAAGUCGCAGCUCUCCUGCAACAGCGGAUCCUCCACGUCCAUUUCCAGCUCCUCGUCCGCCAUUUCCUCGCCGGAGGAAGUGGCCGUCACUAAGCUCACGGCAGUAGCACCAGUCCAGUCCAAGGAUGCACCGCCACUGGCGCCUGCAAGUAGCGGUGUUAGCAACAGUCGCAGCAUCCUCAAAACCAAUCUCCUGGGCAUGAACAAGGCGGUGGAAAUUGUGCCGUUAACGACUGUCUCCCACGCUUCCACCUCCACAUCCACUGCUGCAUCUAAAAACUUCCUUACAUCCAUCGCCUCACUGGCUAACAAGCCAACUGGAUGCCAUAUACCUGAGAAACAGCAAAAGAUUCUGGACGUGGCCAAUAAGCUGCUCGGCAGCCAGGGCGAACCGGUACCAACCGCCUUGCUUGGCCUGCAGUCAAAGCUAAAGCCUCCAAUGCAUCAGCAGCAGGCCGGGGGAUCAGGAGCGGGAACUAGUGGCCCUCAGAAGCCUAAUGUGGCGCAAUUGCUUAGCUCUCCACCAGAGCUAAUCAGCUUGCAUCGACGGCGGACGAGCGGAGCAGCAGCGGCGGCCAGCAGCUUACUCGGCAACCUUCCGGGCAAGAGGCUUCAACUUCCACGAACUGGAGCAGGGCCUUCAGCAGGAGCGGGAACUGGAACGGGCGGUGGAACAGCAGGAAGCCGCAGUGCGGGUGGACCACCACCGCCCAAUGUGGUCAUACUGCCGGACACCUUAACCGCACAGGAGCGACACGAGAGCAAGAGCUGGAAGCCAACGCUGAUACCGCUGGAGGAUCAGCACAAGGUGCCGAACAAGUCACAUGCUCUUUAUCAGACCGCCGACGGUCGAAGGUUGCCCGCCCUGGUGCAAGUGCAAUCUGGUGGCAAGCCAUACCUCAUCUCUAUCUUCGACUACAACCGCAUGUGCAUCUUGCGAAGGGAGAAGCUGCUGCGGGACCAGAUGCUCAAAAGUAACGCCAAGCAAAAGCCGCAGAACCAGCAACAGCAGCAGGCCCAAACGCACCAGCAGCAGCAAAACUCCGCCGCGUCGGCGGCUGCCUUCUCCAAUAUGGUGAAGUUGGCCCAACAACACACGGCGCGUCAGCAGCUCCAGCAGCUGCAACAGAAACAACAGCAGCAGCAGCAACAAAUGCCCACUUUACAGCCAGGUGGAGCAGCUGGUACGGGUGUGCGACUUGCCCGGCUGACGCAGAAACCGAUGCCACCACUGACUAACCCGCAGAUAGGCAGUCAGGCGCCCAACUUUCAGCCGCUGCUGUCCAGUACGCUGGACAACAGCAACAGCUCCUGGCUGUGGAAAAACUUUCCUGAUCCCAAUCAGUAUCUGCUAAAUGGAAAUGGAGGGGGUGCCGGGAGCUCCUCCAGCAAGUUGCCACAUCUCACGGCCAAACCAGCCACGGCAACCAGUAGUGGCGGAGCGGCCAACAAAUCAGCAGGAAGCCUAUUUACCCUCAAGCAGCAGCAGCACCAGCAGAAGCUCAUCGACAACGCCAUCAUGUCAAAGAUACCCAAAAGUUUGACCGUAAUACCGCAGCAGAUGGGUGGAAAUGCCGGCAACGAUAUGGGGGGCAGCAGCUCCCCGGAAAGGACUGAUGACGGCGAAGGAGGGCGCAAUGGGCAUCAGCCGUAGCGUCGGUGGGCACCCGGCGGAGUAGUAGGAUCAACAAGCAGGCGCCGAGCAGUCUAAGCGGCGAGCUUCACAACAAGAGGUGACCAGCGGCGGCUCCAUGGAUAUCACAAACUCCACAAUUCCAUGGCUGCAGUAGAAUAAGUGAUAAACUAAAAAACAGUGGACGGACAGACGAGAACGAAACAGAUGAGAAACCAAGAUAAUUCUAAGAUUACAUAACGUUGAUUGUGUAUAAACGAGAUACGGUUA